CCCACAAUCACACUGCAGGUUUCUUCAAAGCAAAUACAACAACGAAAAACGAUUACUAAGCCGGGUAGCCGCACAAGGACGAGGACGAGGACGAGGAUGAAAUGCGCAUAAUACUGUUGCUGGUUGAAUUGCAAACCCAUCCAUUGAGAGAAGCUCUGAAAAGACGCCAAGAUGUCACAACAAUCUAAUCAAGCAUUUGAUGCUUUGAAUCGCAUUGUGGCAGAUUUACGAUCACGGAGUGAUGAACAACGAAAGAGAGCAGCCUUGGAGCUAAGAGAGUUGCUCGAGGUUGCUUCCAGAGACUUUCCCCAGGAACGAUACACGGAGUUUUCCAAUAUUGUCAGUGGAAAGAUCACCAGUCUCAUCGGUCACCAUGGAGAUGUUGAGCGAACUGGUGGUAUAUAUGCUAUCGAUGCGCUGGUCGAUUUCGACGGUAUAGAAGUCGGACAACGAGUCACUCGAUUUGGACAAUCCCUUCGAAAUAUACUGAGAGGGAAGGAUCUUGCUCCUAUGCAACCGGCGGCGAUGGCACUGGGGAAGAUGUGUAGGCCUGGAGGUUCAUUGGUGUCGGACCUGGUGGAGAGCGAGAUUAAAACCGCACUGGAAUACUUACAGUCCGAUCGAAUUGAGGAAAAAAGAUAUAGCGCCGUUCUGGUUUUGCGAGAAUUGGGCAGAAACUCUCCAACACUUGUUUACACCUUUGUUGGACUAAUAUUCGAUCAGAUAUGGGUAGGUUUGAGAGAUCAGCGACUUCUCAUCCGACAGACUGCAGCAGAAGCUAUAAGUGCAUGCUUUCAGAUAAUUAGGGAGAGAGACCCAACUUUACGACAGACAUGGCAGGCAAAGAUCUACGACGAAGCUGUUCAGGGUGUGAGACAAGGGACUGUGGAAUAUAUCCACGGAUCCCUUCUUGUGAUUAAGGAGCUUCUUCAGCAAGGUGGUAUGUUUAUGCAUGAGCAUUAUCCAGAAGUCUGCGAAAUCGUUUUUCGACACAAAGAUCACCGAGACGUACAGAUUCGUAAAACCGUUGUCAUGCUGAUACCAGAAUUGGCGAACUAUUCCCCCACCGAAUUUGCUCAAUCCUACCUUCACAGGUUUAUGGUUUUCUUAUCCGGUAUGCUCAAGAAGGAUAAGGAUAGAAAUGACGCAUUUCUGGCCAUUGGAAAUAUCGCCAAUGCUGUCAAAAGUGCUAUUGCCUCUUACCUAGAUGGAGUUUUAAUAUAUGUUAGAGAAGGCUUGUCAUUGAAGUCGAGACGACUCGGCACAGUGGACCCAGUUUUUGAUUGCAUCAGCAGGUUAGCAGUCGCAGUUGGGCAAACCCUCAGCAAGUAUAUGGAGGCACUUUUAGACCCUAUAUUCGCAUGUGAGCUAAGUCCCAAGUUGACUCAAGCUUUGGUGGAUAUGGCUUUCUAUAUACCACCAGUAAAGCCUAUCAUCCAAGAAAGACUGCUAGACAUGUUAAGCAAGGUUCUCUGUGGCGAGCCAUUCAAACCGCUGGGAGCCCCUACACCAAACAACAUUGCCGCUGCACCAGUCGUGCCAAAAGACUCAAAAGACCCACAAGCAUAUGAGCACCGCCAAAGCGAAAUCAAGCUAGCCCUUAAUACUCUAGGCAGUUUUGACUUUUCUGGACAUGUUCUAAACGAAUUUGUGCGCGAUGUUGCUAUCAAAUAUGUUGAAGACGAGAAUCCAGAGAUCAGAGAGGCAGCUGCUUUGACGUGCUGUCAACUUUAUGUCCGAGAUCCUAUUGUUAAUCAAACGAGUCACCAUGCGAUUCAAGUCGUUAGCGAAGUUAUUGAGAAAUUACUCACCGUCGGUGUUGGAGAUCCGGAUCCUAGCAUUCGAAGAGUGGUUUUAGCUGCCCUUGACGAACGAUUCGACCGACAUCUUGCCAAAGCAGAGAACAUCCGAACUCUGUUCUUUGCUUUGAACGACGAAGUAUUCCAAAUCCGUGAAGUCGCCAUCACGAUUAUUGGCCGGUUGACGCAUGUAAAUCCUGCAUACGUCAUUCCUUCUUUGCGAAAGGUCCUCAUUCAAAUGCUCACAGAACUUGAGUUCUCAGACGUAGCGAGAAACAAAGAAGAAAGUGCUAAAUUGCUUAGCCUGCUAGUUCAAAACUCACAGAAGUUGAUUAAACCAUAUGUUACUCCUAUGAUGGAUGUUUUAUUGCCCAAAGCUCGCGAUCCUAGUCCAGCUGUGGCUGCUACUAUUAUGAAGGCUAUCGGUGAACUUGCCUGCGUUGGAGGAGAGGGCAUGAUUCCAUUCAUCAAGCAGCUUAUGCCUAUAAUCAUCGAAGCUUUGCAGGAUCAAAGCUCUUCUGCCAAACGUGAAGCUUCUUUACGAACUUUAGGUCAACUGGCAAGCAACUCAGGCUAUGUCAUUAAGCCAUAUCUGGAAUAUCCCCGACUUUUGGAGAUUUUGCAAAAUAUCAUUCGAGGAGAACCACAACGAGGACCAUUGCGACAAGAGACUAUCAAAUUAAUGGGUAUUCUUGGUGCUUUGGAUCCAUAUCGACAUCAACAAGUUGAAGAGCGAUCUCCCGAAAUGCAAUUACGUCUGGAGUCAAACCAGAUGACUGACAUAUCUCUUAUGAUGACGGGACUGACACCUUCCAACAAAGAAUACUUCCCAACUGUUGUGAUAAAUGCUCUUCUCAACAUUUUGAAGGACCCAUCCCUCAACCAACACCAUGCUAUGGUUAUCGAAGCCAUCAUGUCAAUUUUCAGGACCUUGGGACUAGAAUGCGUUUCUUUUCUUGAUAAGAUCAUUCCUGCAUUUUUGUCUGUAAUCCGAACUUCUCCACAAACCCGCCUCGAGUCAUACUUCAGUCAGUUAAGUUUGCUGGUGACCAUCGUCCGACAGCACAUACGUAAUUACCUACCAGAGAUUGUUGUCGUACUUCAAGAGUACUGGAAUGAGUCUCCGCCACUGCAAGCUAACAUACUUCACCUUGUUGAGGCUAUCUCAAGAUCUCUAGAAGGCGAAUUCAAGGUUUAUUUGGCAAGCCUACUGCCACUUAUGUUAGGCGUGCUCGAGAAAGAUACUACAACAAGACGACUCCCCUCAGAGCGUGUGCUACAUGCUUUUCUGGUGUUUGGUCCUAGCGCUGAGGAGUAUAUGCAUUUGAUCGUGCCUGUUAUCGUUAACGUAUUUGAAAAACCUCAGCAACCUUCAUUUAUCCGAAAAGCCGCGAUUGAAACUAUCGGUAAGAUCUCAAGACAUGUCAACCUGAACGAUUACGCCUCGAAAAUUAUACAUCCCCUCUCGAGGGUUUUGGCUGGUAGCGAUAGCUCAUUGAGAUUGGCAUCACUUGACACCCUUUGUGCUCUAAUCUUCCAGCUCGGAAGGGAUUAUUUACAUUUUGCCGGCACAAUUAACAAAGUUCUUAACAGUCACCAAAUUCAGCAUCAAAAUUACGAACUCUUGGUUAGUAAACUUCAGAAGGGAGAAGCUUUACCGCAAGAUCUGAGUGCUGAGGAACGUUAUCUGAAUCAAUCCGAUGAAGUCGACUUCUCGGAUGUUUCAAAUAAAAAACUGGACAGCAAUCCUGUCCACUUGAAGGCUGCUUGGGAUGCAACAGGGAAAUCCACCAAGGAGGAUUGGCAGGAAUGGAUGCGUAAAUUUAGUGCAUCCGUGCUAUUAGAGUCGCCAAAUCACGCACUUAGGUCAUGUGCUCAAUUGGCUUCAGUGUAUCCGCCCCUUGCCAGAGAACUGUUUAAUUCUGCUUUCGUCUCAUGUUGGGGAGAGCUAUUCGAAGGUUAUCAGGAUGAUCUGAUACAGAAUAUCGAGAUGGCGAUCAAAUCUCCUCACGUCACUCCUGAUCUUUUGGGCAUCUUGCUGAACCUUGCAGAGUUUAUGGAGCACGACGACAAAGCCUUACCAAUUGAUAUAAGGGUUUUGGGACGAGAGGCUGGUAGGUGCCAUGCAUGGGCCAAGGCUCUUCACUACAAGGAACUGGAGUUCUGUCAAGAUCAAACUAGUGGAGCUGUUGAAGCAUUGAUUCAAAUUAACAAUCAACUGCAGCAGUAUGAUGCCGCAAUCGGUAUUUUACGAAAAGCGCAACUCUACAAGGAUGGUAUCACAUUACGAGAGACUUGGUUCGAGAAGCUCGAGAGAUGGGAAGAGGCUCUUGAGUUCUACAAAAGGCGCGAGGAGGAUUUCCCAGAUCAAGCAGAAACUUUCGAUGUUAUAAUGGGUAAAAUGAGAUGUCUACAUGCCUUGGGAGAGUGGGAAUCUCUCUCGGCCUUGGCCGAAGAUAAAUGGCAUACCUCGUCACUCGAGAUCAAGAGAGCCAUUGCUCCUUUGGCCACAGCAGCUGCUUGGGGUCUCAGAAAGUGGGAUCUUAUGGACGAUUACUUGAGUGUCAUGAAGAGUCAUACACCAGAUCGAUCAUUCUUUGGAGCGAUUCUUGCCUUGCAUCGCAAUCAAUUUCGCGAGGCUGCCCUUUUCGUUCAAAAGGCCAGAGAAGGCCUGGACACCGAAUUGAGUGCUUUGGUUAGCGAGUCUUACAAUAGAGCCUACACGGUUGUUGUUCGGGUACAGAUGCUUGCAGAGUUGGAAGAGCUCAGCAUAUAUAAGCAGAGCAACAACAACCCAGCCAAGCAGGAAGUUAUGCGUCAAACCUGGGAGACUCGUUUGCUUGGAUGUCAACGAAAUGUUGAGGUUUGGCAGAGAAUGUUGAAGUUAAGAGCUUUGGUCAUAACUCCAAUGGAGAACAUGCAGAUGUCUAUCAAAUUUGCGAACUUGUGUAGGAAGUCGGGAAGAAUGGGCCUGGCCGAAAAGCACCUCAAAACUUUAAUGGGCGGCGAUGAGAGCCUGGACGUGGUAUUACCUCAGAUUGUGGAGAGCGCAAACGGAGACCGACGAGUUAGGGUUUCAAACAAACACAUUGAAGCUCCGGUUCAGUAUGCUAUACUGAAGUUUCACUGGGCUGUCGGCAAGCAAUCUCAAGCAUUGGAGGCUCUGAAGAUAUUCACAUCUGGUCUGGCAGAGAAACUCCAACAAGCACAGAUCGCAACUCAAGGGGGCAUCUUAAAUGACAUGCAUGCCAUGACCCUUCAUAAUGGCACGAACGGGAUGAUGAAUGGAAAUGGUUACACUAAUGGUCUCGGGGCAAAUGCCCACAAUCUGCUAACACCAAAGGGCCUGGCUGAUCAUACCACACUCCUUGCUAGGUGCUGUCUUAAACAAGGAGAGUGGCAGGUUGCCCAGAAAAAAGGUAACUGGCAAACCGACAAUCUUAACGAUAUCCUUGCCUCAUAUAAAGCAGCCACUCACUUUAAUCCACAAUGGUACAAGGCAUGGCAUGCCUGGGCUUUGGCAAACUUCGAAAUUGUUCAGGCUGUUCAGGCAGACCCCGGGCAUGAGUUGCAUGAUGUAAAUGGUGGUAAUGUCGUCGUUAAUCACGUCGUUCCUGCUGUUCGUGGUUUCUUCAAGUCAAUUGCUCUGUCGCAGGGAAGCUCUCUGCAAGAUACAUUGCGUCUUCUCACUCUUUGGUUCGCUCAUGGUGGCCAUGUGGAAGUCAAUCAAGCCGUUACCGAAGGAUUUUCUUCUGUUAGCGUUGAUACUUGGUUAGAAGUCAUUCCCCAACUUAUUGCACGCAUCAACCAACCAAAUGCUCGCGUUCGCGCUUCCAUUCAUAAUCUACUUGCAGAUGUUGGCAGAGCUCACCCGCAAGCACUAGUCUAUCCAUUGACAGUCGCUAUGAAAUCCGCCCCCAAUACACGUCGUUCACGAUCAGCCAUGCAAAUCAUGGAUAGUAUGCGACAACACAGUCCGAAAUUGGUAGACCAAGCAGAUCUUGUUAGUAAAGAGUUGAUUCGUGUGGCAGUAUUAUGGCAUGAGCAAUGGCAUGAAGGUCUCGAAGAGGCAUCCAGACUGUACUUUGGCGACCACAACAUCGAGGGCAUGUUCAACACACUCGCACCUUUGCACGAUAUGCUCGAUAACGGCCCGGAGACCUUGCGAGAAAUCUCCUUCGCUCAAACAUUUGGUCGUGAUCUCCAAGAGGCUCGAGAAUGGUGUAUUACCUACCAAAGAACGAAGGAUCUUGGAGAUAUCAAUCAAGCUUGGGACCUGUACUAUCAAGUCUUCAGAAGAAUCGCACGCCAGUUACCGCAACUCAACAAUCUUGAGUUGGCUUACGUGUCCCCCAAGCUUCUCAAUGCUCAUGAUCUGGAGUUGGCUGUCCCUGGAACGUAUCAAAGUGGGAAGCGUAUCAUAUCGAUCGUCAAUUUCGAUAGCAACUUCAGUGUCAUUUCUUCCAAGCAACGUCCAAGGAAGCUUAGUCUUAAGGGAAGUGACGGUGUCGCUUAUGUCUUUUGUCUCAAAGGACACGAAGAUAUUCGACAGGAUGAACGUGUCAUGCAAUUGUUUGGUCUCUGCAAUACCUUACUCACCAGCGAUUCGGAGUCAUAUAAACGUCAUCUUAACAUACAAAGAUAUCCUGCCAUUCCAUUGUCCCAGAAUUCCGGUCUUCUUGGCUGGGUGCCUAACAGUGAUACUCUGCACGUCCUCAUUCGGGAGUACAGAGAAAGCAGGAAGAUCUUGCUCAACAUCGAACACCGUAUCAUGUUACAAAUGGCCCCCGAUUACGACAAUCUUACCCUCAUGCAAAAGGUUGAGGUCUUUGGUUAUGCUCUCGAUAACACAACUGGCCAAGAUCUUUAUCGUGUGCUUUGGCUAAAGAGCAAGAGUUCCGAGUCCUGGCUCGAGAGGCGUACAAACUAUACUAGAUCAUUAGGAGUGAUGUCUAUGGUCGGAUACAUUCUUGGUCUUGGUGAUCGUCAUCCUUCGAACUUGAUGCUCGAUCGAAUAACUGGUAACAUCGUUCAUAUAGAUUUUGGAGACUGUUUUGAAGUUGCUAUGACUCGUGAAAAAUACCCCGAACGAGUUCCGUUCAGGUUGACUAGGAUGUUGACAUAUGCUAUGGAAGUUAGCAAUAUUGAGGGAAGUUUCAGAAUAACCUGCGAAAAUGUGAUGAGAGUAUUAAGAGAGAACAAGGAGUCUUUGAUGGCAGUUCUCGAGGCUUUCAUCCAUGACCCCCUUCUUAAUUGGCGUUUGAACGGCGAAGCUUCGCCUGUAGGACCUAACUUCCGUUCAGAGCGCCGGGAAUCCAUUAUCGCUGCUCAGAACCGUAGGCCUUCAACAAUGGAUGAAUUCGUUCAACCUGCAGCGUUGACUGCGGAUGCUGGAGAUCCUAUAGCAGCUCCAGGUGGACCACCAGCUUCACGUCCUCGUGCAAGAACGAAUUCUACGACUCAAGGCCCUCAGGAUAUCGAGGCACACGAAAACCAGAAUACGAGGGCAGUUCAAGUACUGGUGCGCGUCAAGGAGAAGUUGACGGGGCAUGACUUCAAAUCAGACGAGGAACUACCGUAUAUUCAGCAAGUUGAUAAAUUGUUGAUUGAGGCGACAAAGUUGGAGAAUCUUUGUCAACAUUAUAUUGGUUGGUGUAGUUUCUGGUAAUUCUUCGACUGAGAGUUAUUGGCAAGUGGCAGUAGCAAGCAAGAUCUACUUGUAUAUCCCAGUUGUUACAUCAUGCAUGGACAGGGCGUUUAGGAAUGGGAACUCGCGAUAUAUGGUGGAUAAAUCUGGACUACAAAUCGAAGCGAAGGAAGGGAGACUUGUGUAAUACUCUUGUGCAUAUAAACAGCUGGGUUUUAAUUCAUACAAGAAGAUUUUUGACCGCUUUACACUGUUAUAUUUACGGCAGAUUGGAGUACGGGGCGUUGGGAUUCAGGGGUUCGAAGCGAUUCAUAGUUAUGGUAGUUGAGAGUUAAAGGUCAUAUUGCUAGGAACAUAUGUUCAAUUUUAGUCAAUAUAAACUCGAAUGAA